AUGGCUUUCAAGUCGUUCAAGUAUAAGUUGUAUUCGAAGGGCUAUCACUCGGCAGCGCAAAAGUCAGCGACGUCAUUUUUUGAUAGCUCUUAUCAAUACUUGAGGCAUAAUCAAGGGUUGGUGAGUUUGGAUACAGCUAUUCCGCAGUCUUUUGUUUGUCAUGUGAAUCCGCAUCCUGUUGUGGUGGCCAAUGUUAACUAUAGUAAUGUGGAAAAUGUGCUUGAUGCGUAUUCGGAUGGGCCGUGUUAUCAGAGUGGGGUGGAGCAGGUGCCACCGGGGAGGAAGGAAGAGGAUGCUGUUUUGGAUGAUGCUAUAGGGGUGGUUCCUGGGAGGUAUACGACUGCUGCACUGCGAACAAGGAGGAAGUCGGAUUCUUAUCCCUUUUUGUCGACGCCCAUUAGGAACAAUCAGGUGAUCAAUGAAGCUCUAUCGAAGAAUUAUUACACGACUUCGACACUAGCCACUGUGGGGGUCCAACGGGAUACAGUGCAGCAGCAGAAGAAUGCGGAUGGUAGUCUUAGAUUGGAGGAGCAGUAUUACGUUUCAGCAUGGGAACCGGACACGGAGUCAUGUUUGAAUUCAGAAACGUUUUUACAAACCAAUAUUAAAGAGAUAGAGCGUUGUGUACAAAUAAAGGACUAUAACAGGGUUAACGCUAUCUACCAGGCGUUGAAGCGGAAUGGGAUACUGCCUCCGGUGGAGACGUUUGCCCAGAUUAUGAGAUCCAUUCAUCUUCGUGAAUUAGACUCUGAUGACCUGGAUAAUAAGAUGUUCCAAUUAUUGAGUUGUUAUCAGGACCUCAUCUCUAACAAAUUGAAGCCGACAGAUGAGAUAUAUACAAUAAUUAUCGGGGCGCUUCUACAAGGUUCGAUUACGGCGUAUAAGAAUAAUAAUCAGAACGGGCAAGAUUUCUUCAAAAUAGGUUUGGAUUUGUUCUUUGCUUCAAAUUUGAAAAGAACUCGUUCCUUCAAGCAAGAAAUACUGGAUCGCCUAUUACUUGCAAUCAACUUCUAUCCGGGGCAUGUUAAAUAUAGCUUUGUUAAGAGCUAUGUGGAUAGUUGUGAACAGUAUUACAAGACGGAAUUUUUUUAUAUUGCGAUGCUAGGUUACGCCAAGCUCACAAAUGACAAUGAAGCUGUGAAAUCUCUGUAUGAGGAGUUUAGGAAAAAUGCAAUCUCGAAGCCGAUCUUGCAGGCUCACAAAUAUGAGGUUUAUAGCAUGGUCCUAUCGGGGCUUGUGGAGACUGGUUCACUUAAACUUGCAGUUAAGCUGUUAGAUAAAAUGCUGACUGAGGUGAGAGAAUCAGAUGGUCUCGGCAAAAAUAUUUCUUUGCUGCUGUCUAACUUUUUAAUAUCUGUUAGCAAGUCUGAUCCAGCCAAGGCGUUCCAGUUAUGGUUUGAAUUUAGUAAACUAAAGUGGGUUCCAGAAUUUUUAUACGAUUUCUACGUUUCGCUGUUGUUCAAUAGCUUUCGUGAUUGGAAUACUGCAAGAAAGCUUUACAAUUAUAUUUUUGCCAUGAAACCCUCACUUAUGGUGGACAGGCCGUAUUUGAAGGAUUACUUGUUGUACCCUUUCCACGUCAAAUCUGUCCACAGUUCUACACUGCAUACGGCAUUGAACAUGAAAGAUGACGAAAUGAUCAUGAAAUUACUUGAAGAAUCCAUCGUUAAAAAUAUUAAGUUUGAACCAGAUGCUUACCCUUCAAUAUUCAGAUACCUCCGUUACAUCAAAUGUCCUGAUGACUAUUUAUUAAGAUUUGUCAAAUCUCACGGUAAACUGUUGUUAGCAUCCUCUGCAAGAGAUCAAUUUGAGUUCCUAAAUGCAUUGUUAGAUAAUUUUCAGUCUCAGAAGAUGUUGAAAAAGGCCGCUGAUGCCGAGUUUUUCCAUGGCUUUUGCAAAUCCUUUGACGUUGCUGAACACAAUGUGAUAAAUUAUGCAGGUUUAAUACGCUGUUUUGAAGCUCUAUGGAGAUCACCUCAACACAUAGAAACAUACCGUCAUAACCUCGAAUUGCAUGCUUUAUUGAUUACACGUUUUUAUGACCCGGAAUCGGCACAAAUUUCUAUUGAAAAUUCAUCUUUAAAGGAUUUUAAGGAUAAACUCACAGAAAAAUUUGCUAAGUUAGCUACCAAUUACAGGAAGAUACAUUUGGAUGCCCUAAAAUGCUCUCCUAAUGUUGCGCAGGCUGUUAAAAUCACUGAUCUUCCUCAAGAAGUUCAAAACUACUUCAGUCAUCCUGGUGAAUGGGAUAAAUCGUAUCCAUUGGAUCUAUCUACUCUAAUUUUUGGAUCACCGAAUACUGGCAUUAAGGAAUUCGUACGAUUGUCUGGAGAUGGCUAUUGUUUUGAUUUUGCGACUUACGAAUCAUUAGUUAAAGUGAGGUUUGUGAAUUCAGAUAUUAUUACGAAAUGCAUGGAACUUUGUCCAAAGGAUGAAAAAUCACUGGCUGGUAUCAUUGAAAAUAUAGGGCAAUCAAUAUUAAAGUCCAAUCAAGAAGAGAUAUUACUGAAUCAUCCGUUAUUUAAGACAGAUAUUUUACCCCACCUCACAGAUUCAUCUCUAACAAAGUUGGCUAAAAAGUCGAAUAUACUUGACUUCAUUUCGAAGAUUGGAUUCCCAGAACAAUUCUGCAGCAUUGCUCUUCAGGCUAAGUACAAAGGUACCAUAGAGCACAUAUUUUCCAAGUUGUUUUCAUUAAAGGAAUACAGUUCUAUAUUGAAAUACAACACAGUCGUACCUUGUUUGUUGACUAGUAUAGUCUUAAAAGCUAGCAUUAGGUCGAACUCCUUUGAAGAUUACAAAACGUUACGCAAUAAGUUUAAGGACUUUUUGGGACCAGAAGGUGUUGCAAUUCAUUCUGAAUAUUUAAUAACCAAGGGUAGGAUUCAGAAAGCUCUGGAUUAUAUUAAUGAAGCGACCGAGGAGCCAACUAUGAGAACUAAAGCAUUGUAUACAUUUGCAUUGUUUUUGAAGUCUUUUCAAGGCAACGUUACCUGUGUGGCUGAAGUGGAUGAUACCUUGCAAUUGGCUAACUCAUUGACUACAUAUGAAAAUUUCCAUGAGAUGAUCUCCUUUUAUAGAAAGUUGCUUGAUACUAGACUAUUGCAUUUUCGUGAAAUGUCCAACUUGGACAAGGCUGUUAAUCUAGAGCUUACAGAGCAAAUGUUGAACAACCUAUAUGAUGCGUUACAGUUCAUUGAUUGCAGUGCACAGAGCGUUCGUGAUAAGUUUGUCAUCAAGUUGGACAACUAUAUUAGAUUCAGAUACUUUUUGAAAUUGAACGUAGUUACGAAGGGAGAUUUUUCUCAACUAUUUGUUAUCUGGAAGAAGGCUGUUCCUGAUGCCAUUGACACUUUAUUCAACAAUAUCGUAGAGCUGUUUUACUUAAAUCCUACUUCUAAAGUAUUGUACAUUUCCGAUGGGCUAUCUCUUCAUUUUGAUAAAGAAAUGAUAUAUGAGAUUAUCGAAGAUAUUGGUCGAUUUUAUGAGUCAGAGGGCAAAAUAGAACAUUUAGAAAAAGUCCACAAGUUUCAAAGUGUACUGAAUGGUGUUUUUUCCAUUAACGAAGUGAAUCCGUUGUCUGGAAUGGCCAAGCUGUAA